AUGCAGGAAGCUUACAAUUUGGCAGGUGACAAAAACGUUGUCGCAUCUCAGUCUUAUGGUCCUUUGGUGGGGUUAAGAUACAAAAAAACUUCUUUCGAAAUAGUCAUAGGGCUCCCGAACGAAGCAGACGGUCUACCUUCCGUGCUCGAGAAAUUCGCAGAAGAAGGAAUCAUCGAUGAAGUCUUGACACAAAUGAAUAAAGACAAUGUCAGAUUGGAGUUGGCCAAGUUUGAACUUGGAUUGUCCAAACUGUUUGAGGAACCUGCGUUAGGUGUUGUUCAAGGCGAAUCAGUGUUCUUAAUAAAGGUAUUCCAAGAAGCUUUCAUUAAGGUUGACAAGGAAGGAACUCUGUGCAUUUUAUCAGAAGAAUACAUCGGUGCGAACCUGACGGAUGAAAUGUAUCAGGGCUUGUACCAUGGGUCUAAAAAGCAUGAGCCAGACUUAGACGCAGUUUUAGCUCGGGCUUGGGACGGGGGGCUGGAUAAAAUGAUCAUAACAGGAGGCUCAACGACAGACAGUCAGAAAGCUAUUGAGAUGGCACAAUCCGACUCCAGGUUGUAUGCAACAGUAGGCUGUCAUCCUACCAGGUGUAAUGACUUCUUACAGGACGCUGAAGGAUAUUUGAAUAGUCUGAAAGCCUUAAUAAAAGACAAUAAGGACAAAGUUGUUGCCAUCGGUGAAUGUGGACUGGACUAUGAGAGACUACACUUCUGUGAGAAAGAUAUACAACUCAAAUAUUUCGAGUACCAAUUGCAAUUAAGUCGUGAGUUCAGUCUCCCUCUCUUUUUACAUUGUCGCGCGGCCGCCGAUGACUUGGUGGCAAUACUUGCGAAGAACCGCGACUCCGUUGUAGGAGGGGUUGUGCACUCUUUCGACGGUAGCGAGGACGCUCUACAAAAGAUAUUGGACUUGGGAAUGUAUAUAGGUAUUAAUGGAUGUUCCCUUAGAACACAAGAAAACUUAGAAGUUGUGACAAAAAUACCCAGAGACCGGCUAAUGAUCGAAACAGACUGUCCGUGGUGUGAAGUAAAACCAACGCACCCUGGCUACACCCAUGUAGUGACAAAGUUUCCGACUGUGAAGAAAGAAAAGUAUACUGUCGGUUCUAACAACCAGGUGAAGGGGAGAAAUGAACCUAUAAAUAUUGUACAAGUUUUGGAGAUUUUGGCAGCGGUUAGAAAAGAAAACAUAGACGAAUUAGCGGCGGCAAUUUAUGACAAUACGAACAAGUUAUUUUUCAAUAAAUAG